AUGGCCGACCUGAACACACUUCUUCGCUGGGCUGUCGAGAACUCGACUGCCACCCAGCAGGCCGAGGGCGUCCCUGUCGGCGAGGGCAUGUCCUUGAAGUUCAAGCCCGCUGCCCCCGGCCAGGUUGCCUCUGACAAGGCCGCUACGCUCCACCCCAGCGACUCGCAGUUCCCCAUCGCCGACCUGUCUCCCGCCUCGACUCCCGGUCCUGCUACCCCGACCGAGGAUUUCUCGCACCUCCCCGGCCAGACCGCGGCCAACACUACGCUCAACACGGACAUUCUCGACUUGAUCAUGGGCAAGCCCGACUCGCUUACCAUGAAGGAGAAGAUGGCGUUUGCGGUCGACGAGAACAACGAUAUUGAGGAGCGUGUCGAGGCUCUGGACGACUUUGAGAUGCUUGUCGAGCUCAUUGACAACGCCAACAACAUGGCCGUCCUCAAGCUCUGGCAGCCCCUCCUGGCGCUCUUCAAGAGCCCCCACGCCGAGAUUGUGCGCCACGCCCUCUGGAUCGCGGGCACUGCCACGCAGAACAACCUCAAGGCCCAGGCCGCGCUCUUCAUCAACGACGUCUUCCCCGAGGUCCUCGACCUCAUCUACUCGCCUGACGGCAAGGCCAUCGCUGGUCCCACCCGCGCCAAGGCCGUGUACGCCCUCUCGGGCGCCAUCAAGCACUGGCCCCUCGCGUCGGCCGUCCUCUCUGCCAACAACGACCGCGGCUACCAGGUCCUCCGCGACGGUGUGGCGGACGCCGAGCCCGUCAUCCGCCGCAAGAUGGCCUUCCUCCUCGGCACGCUCGUUGCCCAGGCGCGCGACAAGCACGACGACUCGGAGUGGCCCGGUGAGGUUCGCAACCUCCUCGCCGAGCGCGCCAAGGAGGCCGGCGGCGUCGACGAGGACCUCCUCAAGGGUCUGGAGCGCACUGGUGUCUUUGCCUCGGCCCUCAAGGCCCUCGGCGCCGACGGUACCGACGACGUCGAGUUUGACGAGAACGCCAUCCGCGCGCUGAGCCGCGCUGCCGCCGCUGGUGUGCUCUCUGAUGCCGAGAAGGCUCAGCUCAAGGGCAUGUGGGCCAAGUGGGGUGCCGACGGCCGCGCUGAGCGUGGCCUCGACGGCGCCGACGGCGACGAGGUCGCCCAGGCCAUGGCCUAG